GCUGCGGAGCUUCCGUCGCGUGGUGCGGCUAUGGCAGCCGGUUCCUUCCGGCGGAGCAUUGCUUCCCAGCUUUCAAAAGUUUUGCAUCUGCCACCAGAGAAUUUAAUAAAGUCCAUAUCUGCAGUUCCUGUCUCCAAAAAACGGCAUGUUGCAGAUUUCCAGCUCUCCAUUGCUUCUGUAAUAGAAGACUGUUCUGGCGAUUGCUUAGCACAGGACCUGCAUCUUCAAGCCCAGCAGCUUGCUGAAAAGCUAAAAUGUGAUUCAGUAGUGAGUGCAAUCAGCGCUGGCCCAGGAACAGUGAAUUUUACAAUAAACAGGGAAUUAUUAGCAAAGACUGUGCUGCAGCAGGUGUGGAAAGAUGGCUCAGAGUAUGGAGUAAAAAGUGAACUUUUCUCUACAGUUCCCAGACAAAAGGCAGUGAUUGAGUUCAGCUCCCCUAAUAUUGCCAAAAAGUUUCACAUAGGACAUCUGCGUUCCACCAUAGUAGGGAAUUUUAUAGCAAAUCUCAAAGUUGCACUGGGACAUGAAGUAGUGAGAAUAAAUUACCUUGGUGACUGGGGCAUGCAGUUUGGCUUAUUGGGUGUUGGUUUCCAAUCCUUUGGCAACAAAGAAAAACUGAAAUCUAGUCCUUUGCAACACCUUUUUGAGGUGUAUGUGCAGAUUAACAAAGCAGCAGAAGAUGAAAACACAAAAAGGCUGGCUAAGGAUUUCUUCAGAAAACUGGAGGAACAUGAUGAGCAGGCGUUGUCAAUUUGGAAGCAAUUUAGAGACCUCAGUAUUGAGGAAUACAUCCGGAUUUAUAAGCGUCUCGGAGUGCACUUUGAUGAAUAUUCUGGAGAGUCAUUUUACCAAGAGAAGGCCCAGGAAGUUCUGAAGAUGUUGGAAGAUAAAGGACUCCUUCAGAAAACAAUAAAAGGGACAGGAAUUGUGGAUCUCUCAGAGAAGAAAGACCUCUCGACAGUUUCCACCGUCAUGCGCAGUGAUGGGACGUCUCUUUAUAUAACAAGAGAUCUUGCAGCUGCUAUAGACAGAAUGAAUAAGCACAGCUGGGAUACCAUGAUUUAUGUGACAGAUAAAAGCCAAAGUAAUCACUUCCAACAUUUAUUCCAAAUACUGAAGCUCAUGGGUUAUGACUGGGCAGAAAGGUGCCAGCAUGUGUCUUUUGGUCUAGUUCAAGGUAUGAAGACUCGGAGAGGAGAAGUAAUUUUUCUGGAAGAUGUUUUAAAUGAAGUUCGCUCAAGGAUGUUACAAAACAUGGCCUCCACAAAAACAACCAAAGAGAUCCAAGAUCCUGUGGAGACAGCAGAGAAGGUUGGUCUUGCAGCACUCAUAAUUCAGGACUUCCGGGGUCUUCUGUCAUCUGAUUACCAGUUUAGCUGGGAUCGAGCUCUCCAAAGUCGGGGAGAUACAGGUGUGUUCUUGCAGUACACCCAUGCCAGACUCCAUAGUUUAGAACAGAUGCAUGGGAAUGCAGAGCUAACUGAUGUGAAUGUGGCAUGCUUGCAAGAGCCAGGUGCCAUCUCUGUUCUUCAGCAUCUUCUCAGGUAUGAUGAGGUCCUGUAUAGAUCUUCUCAGGAUCUGCAACCUAAGCACAUUGUCAGCUACCUCCUCACACUGGGCCACCUGGCAGCCGUGGCACACAAAACCCUCCCCGUGAAAGGCAGCGCCCCCGACGUGGCACAGGCACGGCUCUGUCUCUUCCAUGCGGCACGCUCAGUUCUAGCCAAUGGAAUGAAACUUCUUGGCAUUACACCUGUAACUCAAAUGUAAUGAGGCCAUAUCUGAUGUCAAGUCAUAUCUCAUAGUAAAAUGAGUUUUUCCACAAUAAUAUGAAUCUUCUCCUGUGUGUCACUGCUGCUGCAGGCUGGAAGCUCCAUCUGCACUGGCAGGUUUGUGUUCUCCAUCCUACCAGCAGGUGUGGCACAGCCAUCGGGGGCAAGGCUGUCAUAAUCACUUUCUUCAGACAUUUGGUGGCAGCUGUGUACUUAAGACACUACUCUACCUGGAAUUUCCCAUUAAAGGGAACUGCUGUGUAUUUGCCAUGUAAAUAUCACAUCCUUUUAGUAGAGGAAGUGGUGUUAACUGUGCUGCCCUAAGCAAAGUUCUCCACUCCUGCGGUUGCCACUGUGUACCAAGGCCUAAUGGCACAAUGGCUUCAGGUUCUCUGUCUGUUGUAAUAAAAGGAGUUACUCAGACCCCGCAGAGACCUUUUCCUGGGUGUUAUGCUGUAUCCUCCCUUCAGAAACCUCAGCCAAGCCCAACUGCCAGCUGUCACACCCUGCUCCUCAGCCCUUCCUCAGUGCCACUGACGUGAUGGCUGGUGAGAAGAGACUGCUGCCCAGCUGCUGGAACAGGAAGCUCAGUGUUCCCUCAGCACUGUGCACACAGGCAGACGUGGCAGGUGCUGCUUGGCACCCCUCAGCCUCACAUUGCUGAAGAGAGGUGGAGCAGCACCUGUGAGGUCCU